GGCGUCAGCCCCUUCGACACCUGCGACGGGAUCACGGUCGCACGCGUCGAGAGGUACAGCGUGAUUUUCCACGUUGAUCAUCCGAAGAGGGAGGACAGGAUGAGCACCGCGGAGAGAUUGACCGACCAGCUCAACAAUCUUAGGAACACGCGUGACACGUGCCAGACCUACUUGAAGACGUUCGCCACCAAGAUCAAGUCCACUCGGCGCUUGUACCGUGAAGCAGAGAACUGCCUGACG